AUGACACCCAGCGACGCAAGGACUUCAACUCUAGCCGGCGGGCUGAGACCGCGUGGUCAGCGUGGACCGAGAUCGCGAGCAUGCUCCGAGUGCAAGAGGCACAAGAUCCGCUGCGACAUGCGCCGCGGUGAGGAUUCAUGCGUACGCUGUGUACGGACAGGAAUUGACUGUUUCCCCUAUGAUCCUACCCAGAAGUUUCUCGACGAGCAGGAGUCGUGGAAAGCGAAAGCAACAUCACAGAUCCGUCAACUCCAGGCAGCUGUGGGGACGCUACUUGAGCAUUCGCAGAUGCCCAGCCUCGACGGUUUCGACGCCGGAGAGACGCCAACAGUGCAAGCGACAGGACCGGCAUCAGGACCGGAGAGACGCGGCAAGCCGGCCGCAUCGACAAGCCCAGCCGACUCAGCCCUGGGCAACGUAUCGGCAACGGAAUCCGUCAUCGCGCCCUACGAUGCGUGCGACCACACCGUCCAGGAGCGCCGGGCCGACGACCCAGGACUCGUGCAGGCACCCAUGAGCAAUCUCAACGGCAUGGAAGACGACCUGAUAUCGCGCGGGGUACUAUCGCUCCAGCAGGGCGAGCGGUUCGUGGCACGUUUCGUGGACCAUCAUAACCCUCUGCUAUGGGGUGGCGUGGUAUUCCCAUACACGCAGCUGGAUGAGGUCCGACGGGCAUCCGUUCUCCUCUCAACGUGCAUCUUCACCAUCGCGGCGCUCCACUCCCCCGGAAACGAAGCGGCCGACGACGGCGGCGAGGGCGGAAACGACGACGGCGACGACGACCAAGACAAGGAUAUCCUGCAGCAGUGCUACGACAGCUUCGUGGCGACGGCGCGCAGCUCGAGCCUGUCGCGCGGCCACAACAACCUGGACGACGUGCGGGCGCUGUGCCUGGCGGCAUUCUACCUGCCCAACCUGAGCUGGCGGCUGUCGGGCCAGGCGGUGCGGCUCGCGGCGGAGAUGAACAUGCACCAGUCGUUCCGGCGGCUGAUGCGCGGGGACGCGGGCGAGGCGGAGCGGGUGCGGCUGUGGUACUCGCUGUUCGUCUGCGACCGGCACUUCAGCAUAGCGUACGGGCGGCCGUCGGCGAUGGGGGACGACGCGGCCAUACGCGGCGUGGAGCAGUUCAUCGGGCGGCCGACGGCGGUGCCGGGCGACGUGCGCAUCUCGGCGCAGGUCGCGCUCUUCCGGAUCCUGGGCGAGGCCUUUGCCGAGUACGGGACGGACCAGGCCGACCGGCUGACGGGGCGGGACCUCGACCGGCUGCGCAUGUACAACGUCGAGGUCGAGCGGUGGCGGCUGCUGUGGCAGCCCCGGUCGCACGACGUCGACGGCAUAGGCGCCUACCCGUCCCAGGGCGUGGUCAUGUACUACCACUUCUCGCGCUUCCAGCUCAACUCCCUGGCCCUCCGGGGGGUCCGGUGGCCGAGCAACGAGCGGCUCUGCCUCGGCCGGCGCGAGGCCGCCAUGGCCGCCAUCUCGGCCGCCAUGAGCACCCUCGUCCACGUCCUGGACGAGGCCGACAUCCGCCGCUCCCUCUCGGGCGUGCCCCUCUUCGCCCACACCAUGGUCGCCUUCUGCGCCACCUUCCUCCUCAAGAUCGCCGCCCUAUGGGCCCGCGGCGGCGACAGCCUCUCCCAGGCCCUCGGGCUCGGCUUCAACCCGGACGAGAUCGUCUCGCUCACCCGCCGGUCGGCCGACAUGCUCUCGGACCUGGCCAGCCGCGUCAGCGACAGGCACAUCACCCGCCCCAUCGUCUCCGGCAUCCGCGAGAUGCUCCAGCGUCUCACGUCGGCCGACGACGUGGCUGCCGGCCCUGCCAUGGACGGCGACGACUCCGACGGGCUCGUCUACAAUACCGAUCUGCGCAGCCUGGCCGGUCUGCUCGAGUACGGAUUCUGA